AUGAUUUAGAUUAAUGUUAUUUUGUUAUCAAUAUAAUUAAUUAUUUAAUUUCUUUUUCUUCAGAAUUUAUUUAUUUAUUUCUAUUUUGCGAUCUUUAUUAAAUCUGCCAAUAUUUUAAAGGAAAAGUGUUUGUUUGUGUAUUAUAUGUUAAUUAAUUAGCUUAACUAAAAUGAAUAAGCGUUCUCCUAAAAUAAGUUUUUUGAUAUACACUAACUAAUCAAUCAAAUAACCAGUCUCUUUUUUAAUAAACUUUUAUUAUUUCUAUUAAAUUAAUUAGCUUUUAUUGAUUUCGCUGAAAAAUAAAUUAAUAAGUAAAUAAAUAAAUAAAUCAUUUGCAGAAAAGAUAAUUCAUUAAAAAAUUAAUAAAAAAUCAUUUAUUGCAUUUUCUUUCUAUCGCAAAAUUUUAUUUAUUUUCUUAUUUUUCUCUUGAACUCACUCUUACUUAAAAACAUUCUAUGGGAUUACUUGAAAACCUUUCCUUUACUUAAAAUAUUAGUUAGUGAUAUUUUAAAUGCUCAAUCCGACUAUUUCCUUCUGAUAAUUUGUGUUUGUUUGUUUUUUUUGUCGAUUGCUCUUACUAUAUUAAUCAUUGGCUACUGA